UCUUUCCUGUUUACACAGAUUUCUCCAUCCUGCACAUUCCUCAUGUGCUGCCACGGAAACAACUUGAACCCAAGAUAUGGUUCCCCCAUCAUCAAUGGUUCCAUCUACGACGAAGCUGCAGAAGACAUGCAGUAUCGCUUGUCUACUGGAGAAGUAGUUGAUGAGACCCUCUACCCCAAGGCCCCCCACAUGAAGAGCGAAGAAGCUCGUCUCCAGACCUUCUCUCCCUCUUGGCCCUCUAAUUCACCCGUAACACCCAGAGAUCUGGCUCAGGCGGGCUUCUUCUACCUGGGAUGUGACGACCGGGUGCAGUGUUUCUGCUGUGGGUUAAAACUGAACGGCUGGGAAAAUGGAGACAACCCGUGGGGUGAACACACCAAACACAACCCCAACUGCUUUUUCAUCCUCGGCCACGACGUCGGAAACGUCCCGCUCCUGGACGAUGCGCCGGAGGGGAGCAGCAGCCAAGACAUGAUGGAGGAUGGAAAUAUGGAGACUUUCGAGGGAAGACUCGGUAGCUUUGCGGGCGUUCAGCACCCUGUGAACCCUGAGAGGCUGGCAAGAGCUGGUUUCUACAGCACAGGACAAGGAGACAAGGUGUUGUGUUUCCGCUGUGGUGGCGGUUUAAAAGACUGGGCGCCAGAGGAAGACCCCUGGGUAGAACACGCUCAGAACUACCCAGGAUGCACCUUUCUGCUGGAAGAAAAGGGAAGAGAAUUUGUCAACAGCAUUCAGCUACGAUGUCCCCGAGAAACAGCUGCUGCUCCAAGUCAGGAAAAUGGAUUUACAGCCUGUGAAGAAGAGGACCCACUGGAGAAGCUAAGGAAGCUGCAGAGGGAAAAACAGUGUAAAAUCUGCAUGGAUAGGGAUAUUUGCAUCGUCUUCCUGCCAUGCGGUCAUCUGGUCAGCUGCAAGCAGUGCUCCGAGUCACUCGUCAAAUGUCCAAUCUGCUGUGGAGCCAUUGCACAAAAAAUCAAAACCUACAUUGCUUAAGGGAAAAUAGAACCCGUUCUUUAACAUAAAUGCUGCUUUGUUUUGUUUUUUCUUCUGACCUCUGCAACAUGGUGGAGAGAGAAAGGUAACACUAUGGCCUCCCUAUAGGGCUGUUCUAGAUUUUAUUUAGAAUAAACUGACGUUCAUGCUAGGAUUAUUUGACAAUAUGACCGAUUGUGACGUUUAUUAAACUACCAGGUAUAUCCUGCCUUCUUUCCACUGAUAAACUAUGUUUAAACAUAUUGAUUCUAGAUAAGCGAGGUUGUAAAAUAUACCGUAGUUGUAAUUUAAUAAUGCAUGUAUAUCGGAUAACCUGUGAUAUAGUUGUAAAUGUAUUUUAAUCAAUCAGAUACUUAUUUUUACAAUGACUUAAAUGGUAAGUAGCUGUUUUCUUGAUAUUUUAUGUAACCAGAGUUUUUGUUUUUCUUUAUUAGGGCUACUUGUAAAUAAACAUUUUAGACAAAUCCAUAUUUUCAGUAAGAUUUCCCUUUCUUUACGUUUGUGUUUGAUCUAAUCAUGGUAAAUCUAAUCAUUUUUAAAAGAACUGAAGGGGUUUAUUCCUCAUGCCUAAUGCACUUGAUGCAAAUGGAAUAUUGUCACUCUUAAUGUGCAAAAUAUUGUGUAAAUAAAUACAA